AUGAUAAAAAAAGUAAAAGAGCUACCAGGAUACAAAAUAGGAAACAGAAACAUCACGAUUCUAUGCUACACGGAUGAUGCGGAACUGAUAUCUAAUAGCGAAGACAAGCUACAAAGAAUGUUACACAUAUUAAAUAAAACCGCAAAAGAAUACAAUAUGGCAAUAUCAACAGAGGAAACUGAAUGUCUAACAGUGUUUAAGGAACCAUUAAGAUGUAAGCUGGAGAUAGAAGGGACAAUCAUAAAGCAAGUAAUGUCAUCAAGAUACUUAGGAGUAGUUGUAACAAGCCACAGCGAUAUUUACCAAGAGACGAUAUACCAAGUAAGAAAAGCAGCAGCCACAACAAGUGCGUUAAGGGACAUAGUGUGGAGAAACAAACAUAUAGGAAUAGAAACGAAAACAAGAAUCUACAAAACAUGUAUAAAACCAAUACUGACGUAUGCCAUAGAAACCAGAACCGAUACAAAGAAAACAAAACAAACACUAAAAACAACUAAGAUGAAAACAUUAAGAUGCAUAAUAGGAAAGACUAGACGAGACCAUGUAAGAAACGAAGAUAUUCGGCAACAAUGUAAUAUUCAGGAUAUAGUAAUAUGGGGAUGA